AGUAUGCGGGGAACCUUUUUAUCGACCGUCACUUGUCAGAUUUGGCAAAUUAACGCUACAGCUGAUUAAAUCGAAAAACAAUUUCGAAUGAGUCACAAAUCGCAUUGAUAACAUCCUAAUACCAAAAAACGUCUAAACAAUGGUCACACCAUUAAGUGGAGGACCACCACCAAGUAAAAAGCCAUCAGACUCUGCCUUCAAGCAGCAAAGACUACCAGCAUGGCAACCCAUACUGACUGCUGGCACUGUUCUACCAACAUUUUUCGUUAUAGGCAUUGCAUUCAUUCCAGUAGGCAUAGGACUUUUGUACUUUUCUGAGGAGGUUAAUGAACAUGUCAUCGAUUACACAGAAUGCAACAGAACAAUACAUGGUGCUGAUGGACAAUGGAGACCCACUGAUGAAACCUGUGCAAGUGUUAUACAGAAAGAUCCAAGCAAUACCUGUUACUGCAAGAUUAAUUUCAACUUAACCACCGAUUUCAAGGGUAAGGUAUAUAUGUACUAUGGCUUGAGCAAUUAUUACCAGAACCACAGGAGGUAUGUAAAGUCCCGAGAUGAUAAUCAACUUUUGGGGAGGAUUAAUCAAGAACCAGUUAGUGAUUGUAUGCCAUUUGCCUAUGUUACUAAUGGCUCUAAUAAAAUUCCUAUAGCACCUUGUGGAGCUAUUGCCAAUUCAUUAUUUAAUGAUGUGUUGAGUUUAAGCUCAAAACAAUUGGGCAACAUAACACUAUUAAAUACUGGCAUAGCUUGGCCAUCAGAUAAGAAAACAAAAUUCAAAAAUCCCCCAGGCGACUUGAAGGAAGCAUUUAAGAACUUUGAGAAACCUAAGAAUUGGAAAAAGCACGUUUAUGAAUUGGAUCCAGAUAAUGAAGACAACAACGGUUUUCAAAAUGAGGAUUUGAUUGUGUGGAUGCGAACUGCCGCUUUGCCCACGUUCAGAAAACUCUACCGACGCAUUGAUCACAGUAAAGACGGAUUGAGGAAUGGAUUACCCAAGGACAAUUAUGAACUCACUGUUGAAUAUAAUUAUGAUGUAAGCUCUUUUGAUGGAACGAAACGCAUGAUAUUGAGCACAACGUCAUUGUUGGGAGGUAAAAAUCCAUUUCUGGGUAUUGCCUAUAUUGUUGUUGGUUGUGCCUGUUUACUUCUUGGUAUUGCCCUGUUGUUCAUACACAUUAAAUGCGGAAAAAGUACUUCUGAAAUGAUUAACGUAAAUCCCCGGACACCGUACCAGUAAUAGGACAACUGCGAGUGGAGCUAGUUACUUAAUUUCUCAGGAUCAGUUGCUUUAAAUGUACUUCAAUACAUGCAAUUCUUAUAAUUCUUCAUAAUUGUUAAAUUAUGUUAUUGUGCCAAUAUAUUUGGGUUGUAAACUUUAUAGGAACUUGCAUUAUCAAACUUGCCAAAGAUACUGGAGUUGCAUUUAUUGUACGUAUUUUCGAUUACGUUGUUUAGACUUAUUUUCGCAUUCCUGAUGUAACAUAGUUUUAACACACAAGUGGCCUUUAAUGUUAGACUUAUCAUUCCAUAUCACUUUUCACAUUUUUCUAAAUUAUUUUGUCUUUAAAAACGAACUCUCAUGUACCCUUUUACACAUUUUUAUUAUAUAACUUUUAGAUGUUGAUAAUUUAAAUCAUAUAAUUCUAUAUACUCGCCUUAUUAAUUUGGCACAGUACUUUUUAUAGCAAUUUUAACUGUAAAUUUUUGACUGCACUUUCUAAGAAAUAAUUGUGAUUUCCAUUAACACUGUUUUAGAAUUUAACACUGCCUAAGUAAGGUUUUUUAAAACUUGGAAUGAUACAUGCUUAAUUAUUACGCUAAAAAGUAUUUUUAAAUAAUUGUUAAGCUUAAAAUAGAUUAUAUUAAUAGUUAUUAUUUAUUAAAAUUCUAAUUUGUGAUUUAUUAGCACAUUACGUGCGCAUUAAUUAUGUUGUAUAUAUUUUUGUUAAGACAGUUUAUAGAUUAGUAAUUGUUACUUUGGUAAUAAAUGAUAAAUUAUAUUAAA